AUGCCUACAAGGUCGCUGGUCACGGGAGCGAGUGGCUACAUCGCAAGCCACUUGGUAAAGCAGCUCCUUGAGCUCGGUGAUACUGUGAAUGCAACAGUGCGCGACUUGAAAAAUGAGAAGAAGAUCAGUCAUCUACUUAAGAUGCAGAAGGAGUGGCCUGGAAAGCUGAAUCUGUUCGAAGCAGACCUUAAUGUUGCAAGAUCGUUUGAUAUCGCAGCGCAGGACUGUGUAACAGUCUAUCAUGUCGCAUCACCUUUCUUAAUGGAAGAGCAGAUCAAAAAUGCCGAGAAAGAAGUCAUUGAACCUGCUUUACAAGGUACUCGAAAUGUCAUAGCCGCAGUCGAACGUAGUACGAGUGUAGAGUUGGUUGUUAUGACAUCGACUGUUGGAGCGAUCUUUGGUGACUACGCUGAUGUUCUGAGAAUGAAUAACAAUACCCUGGCCGAGGAAUACCAUAACACCACCAGCUCAGCUACUCAUAAUGCUUACCACUAUUCAAAGACAAUAGCUGAACAAGAGGCAUGGACAUUGUACGAGGCUCAAGCAAAGAAGAGAUGGAAGUUAGUUACAAUCAAUCCGGGUUUGGUGCUUGGGCCGUCACUCUCACCCAACUCUGACUCCGGAAGCUUGUUCCUUCUGGACGAGCUGAUGAGAGGGAAACUGUGGUUUGGGGUUCCAAACCUCUGGUUCACUACAGUCGACGUACGCGAAGUUGCUCAGGCGCACAUAAGAGCCGCACAAAUCACAACAACAAAUGGCCGAUACAUUGUCGCUCACCAACACAUGACCAGUUUCAAGGAAAUAUCUGUCAUUAUACGUAAUCACUGCUCAGCUUCCUUCCGCAUACCUGGGCAUGAGAUUCCGAGAAUGAUCACUAGAGUUGUAGGGCCGUUGUUUGGGCUAACUCAGAAAUGGAUGUCAUUGAAUCUAGGAAUUAAAUUCAGGGUCAAUAACAAGAGAAGUGUUACAGAGCUAGGCAUCGUAUAUCGGCCUUUGCAAGAAACGAUAAUAGACCACUACAAGAGCUGGGAGGCCUCGCCACUCUAG